AUGCCCGGUCUUUUGUCCAGUCCUGGGAGUCUGACAGUCAUCUGGUUUUUAUCUUGGCAGCUGUGUUUCAGUGGUGCUCAGAUUUGGACUAAUGAAGUUUCGAAUGUACAGUACGGACACCUGGACUCUAAUGUGACACUGGCAUGUGGAAAGUCACAAAUUAAGAGGAUACCGGUGGUGUGGCAUCUCAAUGGCAGCCGGGCGUUACCAUGGCACGGAGUAACAUCAGAUGGCUCGUUAGUCCUGCUGCACGUCAACCUUUCAGCCCAGGGCAACUACAGCUGCUAUGACAACCAGGGGCUCCUCCUUCACUCUAUCAAACUAAGACUGGGCUUUCCCCCUGGGCGGCUUAAUAUUUCAUGUCAAGUUCCUAAUCACAGUCAUGUUCGUUGCUCUUGGAACGAAACAGUGAAGAGCUUCCUUCCAGUCAAGUACAACGCCUCCUUCAGGGGGGUUGGCCACAAAUGGCAGACUUGUGUUGUGAAUGCAUCCCACAACUACUGUGAUGUAGAGGACCCACCUUUCUGGGACAGGAUACACACACUUAAUAUCACAGCGUCCAACGCACUUGGGUCCAAAACAACGGAUGCCCGCUUUAAAUUGGAAGCGCUCUUGAAACCUGACCCCCCAGAGUCAGUGAUUGUAAAUGAAGUGGAGGGCUAUCCUGAGCGCUUGAACGUCUCAUGGAAUUUUCCCUCCUCGUGGCCAGUACGUCUUGGUUUCUCGCUAAUUUUUCAAAUAAGAUACAAGCCAUUUGAAUCUCAAAUCUGGUCAGAGUUUAACUCUGAAGAGAGUCCAGCUAUGAUUUGGGACGCUUUGGCUGGUCACCUUCACCAGGUUCAAGUCAGAGCGAGGGACGAGGUGAACAGUGAGACCCAGUGGAGUGACUGGAGUCCUUUGCUUUAUGGCCGGCCUUGGGAAGACACUGCCACAUCUAAACCUCCAGAGGAUAAUUUUCCAGACUAUAUUUUUCACUUCCAAACAAAGCCAGAAACAUCAACUUCUAGAUCACAUAAGCCAGUUCCACCGGAUGACGGUAAUUUGGGUUUGGUGAUUCUGCUGGUUUUGUUUGCCGUAGUUAUCAUAGCCACUGUCCUCUCACUCAUCUUUGUGGUGUGGGUGAAGCAAAGGCGGCGUGAACAUGUGACCAAACAGGAGCUCACGUCCAUGGUCAAGAUGAAGUCCAUGCCAGUUUGA